GCCGCUUCCCGCCCAAAGCGGGGCCGCUGAGGCCCACAGCCGGCGGCGGGACCGUCCGGCCAGUCUCACACAGCGCAGGGCUACAAAUUGCUCCCUCUGGGCCACCUCCGGGACUGGCCGCGGGGAAAACCGACCCGGGACGCCACCUCGCCGAGGGUCGCGCCGCCAACCGUUCUAACGGUUCCCGCCCCUCGCCGCCCCCUCACGGCUGCCCGGGGGCGUGGCCAGCGCCGCCCGUGAGGAGCGGCACCCAGCGCUGCGCCCCCAGCUCGCCGUGGGGCCGUGCCCCAGCCAUGGCCGAGCUCGGAGCCCGGCUGCGCUGCUGCCGCUCGCUCUGCGGCCGAUCCCUUCUGCUCCUCACCUGCCUCUUCGCGCCCUUUCUCGGCCAGCCCGGAGCUGGCCCCGCCGCCCGCGCUCCUUACGCGGGUGUAUCUGAACCUUCUCUUAUUGCUAAAAGUGAAGAUCGUUUGUUUAAACAUUUAUUUGAAGACUAUCAAAGAUGGGUUCGUCCAGUAGAACGCUUGAAUGACACAAUAAAAAUAAAGUUUGGCCUUGCAAUCUCUCAGCUGGUAGAUGUGGAUGAGAAAAAUCAAUUGAUGACAACGAAUGUUUGGUUGAAACAGGAAUGGGUAGAUGUAAAAUUAAGGUGGAAUCCUGAAGACUAUGCUGGAAUAACGUCUAUUCGUGUCCCAUCGGAUUCUAUUUGGAUUCCAGAUAUCGUGCUGUAUGACAAUGCAGAUGGACGUUUUGAGGGAACAUCUACAAAAACUGUGGUAAAAUAUGAUGGCACCAUUGCCUGGACUCCGCCAGCAAACUACAAAAGUUCUUGCACUAUUGAUGUAACGUUCUUCCCCUUUGACCUCCAGAACUGCUCUAUGAAAUUUGGUUCCUGGACUUACGAUGGCUCACAGGUCGAUAUAAUUCUUGAAGAUUAUGAUGUUGACAAGAGAGACUUUUUUGAUAAUGGAGAAUGGGAAAUAGUGACUGCAACAGGGAGCAAAGGAAAUAGGACUGAUGGAUGCUGCUGGUAUCCUUUUGUUACAUAUUCAUUUAUAAUUAGACGCUUGCCACUUUUUUAUACGUUGUUUCUCAUUAUUCCUUGUAUUGGACUUUCAUUUCUAACUGUCCUUGUCUUCUAUCUUCCUUCAAAUGAAGGUGAAAAAAUUUCACUCUGCACUUCAGUACUAGUGUCUUUGACUGUUUUUCUUCUUGUUAUUGAAGAGAUUAUUCCAUCAUCUUCUAAGGUUAUCCCACUUAUAGGAGAGUACUUGGUGUUUACUAUGAUAUUUGUGACAUUGUCCAUUGUGAUAACUGUCUUUGCUAUCAAUAUUCAUCAUCGCUCUUCAUCUACACACAAUGCUAUGGCACCUUGGGUUCGCAAGAUAUUUCUUCACAAACUUCCCAAGCUGCUUUGCAUGAGAAGUCAUGUAGACAGAUACUUUGCGCAGAAGGAGGAAACGGGAAAUGUGAAUGGAUCAGAACCAUCUAGGAACACCUUAGAAGCAGCUCUAGAUUCUAUCCGAUAUAUUACAAGACAUGUUAUGAAGGAGAACGAAGUUCGUGAGGUUGUUGAAGACUGGAAGUUUAUUGCUCAGGUGCUUGAUCGAAUGUUCUUAUGGACUUUUCUUCUGGUUUCAAUAAUUGGAUCACUUUUGUUAUUUAUUCCUGUUAUUCAUAAAUGGGCAAGUAUAAUAGUACCUACGCAUAUAGGCAGUACAAAUGCAUAAAAUAUUUUUGAAUCUGUCUCCUGCUAAUAUGGUUCCAAAGAGUUUUGUGGUAGCCUUAGUCCCAUGCAUGUUCUUUGUAGGCAAGUUUCUGAUAGAAUAAAACAAAUCCAAACCCAGAAAAUCAGGUUUAUAUUAAAGCAUGACAUCCCUAGGACACAUAGAAGUCAGUUCACUUAUUACCAGUUUACUAAGUUACCUCUAAAUAAGGUCAGAAUGAAAAGGACCUUCUCAAGCACUUGUAUGUAUGAUAUAUCAAAAACCAUACACUGGCACCUGCUGCGAAAUAGAAGGAUUUAAACAUUUUUUUAUCACUGUAGUCCAAUUAUUAAAUUACUAUCGCAAUUGUUAUAAUGGGUAUUAAAAAUUUGCAUAUAUUUAUACAGUAGAGUUGCUUAUUUCAAUUUACUGUAGAAAGCGAAGGAGAAUUUUUAUCAGUGCACUUGAAUGUGUUGUAAAAGUAUGAAGUUGCUACAAAGUAAAUUUAAAAUAAUAAUAAAAAUACCAGUUAACCUUCCCAUACAUUCAACAUAUAAGUAAAAAUAGCGAUUGGGCUAUGUUUUGCUUUUAUACAUUUUCAGUGGAAGUUGCUGCUAAAUUCUGUCAUAUUAAGUGAACAUCUAAUAAAGCAAGGCUUAAAAUGCCUGCAGGAUACAUUUAUAUCGAUAUCUCUGUAUCAGCUGUGGAAAGGAACGCAAAUGAGUCCCCAAGUUGCAUGAAUAGUCUAAUGGACCAGAACAUUCAGAUUUCUUUACUCUUGAUGAAGAGUUUGAUACAGUUAGUUGCAAACACAUAAAUAAUUUCCUGUUUUUUUUGUGUUUUCAAGCACGGGUAGAAGGAAUUCCAGAAAUGCCUUUCUGAAGGAGAUGGGUUGAAAAUUAUUAUUCUGUGUAAGCAAAUAGAAAUGAUUGAAUUCACAUACGUUGGUUAAACUGGACUUAGAAAGCCACCUUUAACAGGUUCUGUCACCUACAGAACCACAGGUAACUGAGCAAUGAGGACUUAAGCUUUCCAUUCUUCCUUUUUUCUCAGUGUUGAAAACCAACUUGCAGCUUUUCAAUUAUUUCACUAAGAUGUAUUCUUUAAACAACUGAUUUUAAAUUCUUUACAUUUGUUCCAAUGCCACCUUUCUUAAAAUCUUUAUUUUGCAAGCAACUGCAAUAGAAGGGGGAUUUCCUACACCACACUUUGUCAGUGUACUUCAUAAUAGAACUGCAUCCUGCAGGGCUAAUUCAAUGCCAAGCUAGAGCAGGUCUUGGCAAGUUUUUAUUUGCUUAAAUUACUACAUGAAUAGUGACAUGUUUAGAUGUGAGGUCUAAUGUAAAUUGUGGUAUGUUUGAUAAUGUAAUUUUUCUUUUUCGUCUUUAUGAAUUUGGAAAUGAGAGAGUCCCUCCUGCAUCUGCUUUAGAAUGGCACUGUUUGGCUUAUGUCAUAACUUAGAUAAUUUAACGUUUAUUUAAAAUUUAUUUCACCUGUAGGACAUUCUUGGUUUUGUGUAGCUUUUUAAGGCUCGUAGGCAGGGAAAUUUUUAUGUUGUGUGUCUCUCUUUUUUCCACUGAUACCAAUUUAUAAAUAAUUCUGAUUGUAAAGGGAGUCACUGUUCUCUUUAGUUAUACAAUUACAUUUGGCAUUGGAUAUCCAUAUUUCCUGUGUUCUAAUCAUAAUUAAUUUUAAAGGUGAGUUUGCAAAGAUUAUCGGACUUAAUCCAUUAAUAUAAUAAAUCUAAAUUUCACAGUAUUAUGAAGAUUCAACAAUGCAUCGGUCACUUUCUCUGUGUGCAAGUUGCAGAAAUACUUCAGAUAUCUUAUUUCCUCUUCAAAUGCAAAAUUUCUUUUUAUAGUCCUCAGGUUUGAAUUACUGAAGUUCACUCUUACCUGAGUAGAAAGGAAAGUAAAGCUGUAGAUUAGGUGUAUGUAUUAUUUCACUCCUCACCUCUUUCCCCUUGUUAAAUGGUGUUUUUAGACUACCCAAUCACAUCAUAAGGAGCUUGGCAAUAUAUUGGCCAAUGGAGUCCCAGUCAAUCUGUAUUAGUAACUCUCGAUUUUUGCAAAUGUAUGAAUUUCUUUUAGUCAAGUCUAUAAUCUGAUUGUGAUAAAUACAGGUAAGAUAGCUGACACUAGAAUCCUUGGGGUCUUCAGCUUAUCAGGUGUGUCUGAAACAAAAUAAUUUUAAUAGGCUCAGAAGCAUGAACCUUUAUUUAUGUAACUUGUUUCUGAAUGUGUUGAACUGUAGCUAAUGCUACCUUACAUGGGUUUUUGUCACUCCGUCAAAAUAAAUGAAAAAAGCACAAUUUUCAA